AUGUUCAUUAUUGAUGAAAUACACUUCCUGCCGCCUACGCCGCCAGUCUAUGACAUACUUGGGGGCGCCGGAUCAUAUGGUGCUCUCGGAGCCCGUCUCUUCUCACCCCCUCCAUGCGCCUCUUCUGUGGGUUGGAUUGUCGACAAGGGCUCCGACUUUCCGAAGUCUUUGGGUGACCUCAUCAGCAGCUGGGGAACCUCUGUUGUGCUCCGUGAUGACCCUGAGCGCCUGACCACGCGCGGAUGGAACGGGUAUGAAAGUGCCGAAAAGCGUGCUUUCAGAUACACAACCCCAAAGAAACGUCUCACCGCCAACGAUUUGACACCCCAUCUGCUACUUUCCAAGUCUUUUCAUCUUAUCUGCUCCCCAGCUAGAUGCAGAGAUUUGGUGACAGAGAUUACCUCGUCCCGCAAGCGUGUAUGUCCACCGGAUGUGUACACUAAACCCAUUUUCAUAUGGGAACCCGUACCGGACCUAUGUACGCCCGAUGAACUUCUCAAUUGUACGAAUACCCUACCUCUUGUCGACAUCUGUAGUCCGAACCACUCCGAGCUGGCGGGUUUCAUGGGAGACGAUGGCUUGGACGCGGAAACCGGCGAGAUAUCCAAGACAGCUGUCGAAAGAUCCUGCGAGCAGCUCCUCGCCAGCAUGCCUCUUUCAUCCUUCACGCUUGUCAUCCGUGCUGGCGACAAAGGUUGCUAUAUCGCUCGGAAUGGGGGUCGCAAGCGCCAGCCAAAGACAAAAGACGGCAUAGGCUCGAAGCGUCGCCGAAAGGAUUACACGAGAGGCGGUCUACAGCCCGACACCGACAUGGAAGCAUUGUUCGCCGGCCUGCUUCAGGAUGACGAAGGUGUUGUUGUUCGCGAAGAGAUUGAGGUGGAUUCCGGCAUGGAGCAGUGGAUUCCUGCUGUGCAUAACGACCCCGCCAAGGUACUAGAUCCAACUGGUGGCGGCAACACAUUCUUGGGCGGCCUCGCCGUUGCGCUCGCAAGGGGCAAGAACGUCGAGGAGGCUGCAUUGUGGGGGAGCGUCGCUGCCAGCUUUGCUAUCGAACAAGUGGGCUUGCCUCAAAUGGGCCAGGACGACGAGGGUAACGAGAUUUGGAAUGGCGUCAGGGUGGAAGACCGGCUUGCUGAAUUCAAAAGUCGUUUGUAG